AUGUUACACAAGUAUUUUGGGAUUUGGGAUGGGAUGGGAUUUGGGAUUGGGAUUUGGGAUGGGAUGGGAUAUGGGAUGGGAGGGGAGGGGAUGGGAGGGGAUUUUAAAUGGGCGGCAAGUCGCUCUAAUAAAGGUAAAUGUAAUUUAUGUUUAUUCAUUAUUGUAAGUACAAAAGCUAAUUAA